CAUGCUGGAGCUGCCCCUCACCUUCGAAAUCGACCUGGUGCAGACGCAGGACGGCGGCCGUGCAAGGACCAGGGCCGGCAGGAAGGGAGGUCUGUCGGAAGCUCUCUCUCAGCUCGAGGACGUGGUGUCGAUGCUGGGCGUAGACGGAGGGGCGUGUGUUCAGCGGACCUUCUGCGAGCUGGCCGCCGGGACGCCCAUGCUUCGCCCUCAGGGUCUCGCCGGGGAAAUGGUGCAGGUGCUCGUGGAUUACCUCGCGAAGUCCCAGCCUCACGAGGAGACCAACGAGGUCGACAUCGGCGGCAACGCGUACCUGUGGGCGAGCGUGAAGGGGCGCGCGGACGGCAGGUGCUGGGAGGCCUACCCCGAGUGCCCGCUGUCGCUCCUCAACUUCCUGCAGCCGUAA